CGCCGCCUGCCCGGCUCCCACCUGCGGCGGCGGCUGCUCUGGGGGCCGCGGGCCGGGCGGGGGGCACCGCACCGCACCGCACCGCACCGCACCGCACCGCACCGCACCGCACCGCACCGCACCGCACCAUUCCCCGCCUGCGCUCCAGGAUGAGCCCGGAGUAUUUCCUGCGCUCCUUGCUGCUCAUCAUCCUCGCCACCUUCUCGGCCAACGCCAGCAACUGGCUGUACCUGGCAAAGCUGUCUUCAGUGGGAAGCAUCUCUGAGGAGGAGACCUGCGAGAAGCUGAAGGGCUUGAUCCAGCGCCAGGUGCAGAUGUGCAAGCGGAACCUGGAGGUGAUGGACUCGGUGCGGCGCGGGGCCCAGCUGGCCAUCGAGGAGUGCCAGUACCAAUUCCGCAACCGCCGCUGGAACUGCUCCACGCUGGACACCCUGCCUGUCUUUGGCAAGGUGGUAACACAAGGGACGAGGGAGGCAGCGUUUGUCUACGCCAUCUCUUCUGCAGGGGUGGCCUUCGCCGUGACCCGAGCAUGCAGCAGCGGCGAGCUGGACAAGUGUGGAUGCGACCGCACCGUGCAAGGCGGCAGCCCACAGGGCUUCCAGUGGUCCGGCUGCUCCGAUAACAUCGCCUACGGUGUGGCCUUCUCUCAGUCCUUUGUCGACGUCCGGGAGAGGAGCAAAGGGGCAUCUUCCAACAGAGCACUGAUGAACCUCCACAACAACGAGGCGGGGCGGAAGGCGAUCCUGAACAACAUGCGGGUGGAGUGCAAGUGUCACGGCGUGUCGGGCUCGUGUGAGUUCAAGACGUGCUGGAAAGCCAUGCCUCCCUUCCGCAAAGUGGGCAACGUGCUGAAGGAGAAAUUCGACGGUGCCACCGAGGUCGAGCAGAGCGAGAUCGGCUCCACCAAAGUGCUGGUGCCGAAAAACUCCCAGUUCAAACCGCACACGGACGAGGAUCUCGUCUACCUGGACUCCAGUCCUGACUUCUGUGACCACGACCUCAAGAACGGGGUGCUGGGCACCAGCGGCCGGCAGUGCAACAAGACCUCCAAGGCCAUCGAUGGCUGCGAGCUCAUGUGCUGCGGUCGGGGCUUCCAUACGGACGAAGUGGAGGUGGUGGAAAGGUGCAGCUGCAAAUUCCACUGGUGCUGCUCUGUCAAGUGCAAACCCUGCCAUCGGGUGGUGGAAAUCCACACGUGCCGGUGAUGCACGAAGGGGAGCAGCCAUCCCUUCCCCUCUCUAACUGAUCCUGCUUCUCUCUUGCCCUGUGGCCAGGACUGAGGAAGUGACCCAGACGCUGCAGGGAGAGCACAGCUCUAUACAGAGACAGAGCCCUGGAGGAAAACAGAUUUUAAAAGAAAGGAGCAAAAAAAUAUAUAUAUUUAAAGUUUAAAAAAGGAAAAAAAAAACCAACCCUCCCCCCCCUCAAAAAAAGCGAUCGUUGUUAUCUUUUA